CACCUUCAUCUUGUUGCUUUUUCCCCUCAGGUGCUGGUGAUUGGGUGCGGUAACUCGGAGCUAAGUGAGCAGCUGUAUGAUGUGGGCUAUUUGGAUAUAGUGAACAUUGACAUCAGUGAGGUGGUCAUCAAGCAAAUGAAGGAACGCAAUGCCAGCCGACGGCCCCAGAUGAGCUUCUUGAAGAUGGACAUGACACAGAUGGAGUUUCCUGAUGCUUCGUUCCAGGUGGUGUUGGACAAGGGCACCCUGGACGCUGUCCUGACGGACGAGGAGGAGAAGACCUUGCACCAGGUGGACAGGAUGCUGGCUGAGGUUGGCCGUGUCCUGCAGGUGGGCGGUCGCUACCUCUGCAUCUCCCUGGCUCAGGCUCACAUCCUGAAGAAAGCAGUGGGUCACUUCUCUCGGGAGGGGUGGAUGGUGAGGGUACACCAGGUGGCCAGCAGCCAGGACCAGGUACUGGAAGCAGAGCCUCGGUUCUCCCUACCUGUCUUUGCCUUCAUCAUGACCAAGUUCAGGCCAGUCCCUGGCUCAGCCCUUCAGAUCUUUGAGCUGUGUGCUCAGGAGCAGGGCAAGCCUGUGCGGCUGGAGAGUGCCGAGCGGCUGGCUGAGGCGGUGCGUGAGCGGCAGCAGUAUGCCUGGCUGUGCAGCCAGCUGUACCGCAAGGCCGGGCUGGGGAGUGUAUCUCUGGACUUGUGCGAUGGGGACACGGGGGAGCCACGCUACACCCUCCACGUGGUGGACAGCCCCACUGUGAAACCAUCGCGGGACAAUCAUUUUGCCAUUUUCAUCAUCCCCCAGGGUCGUGAGACCGAGUGGCUCUUUGGCAUGGAAGAGGGUCGGAAGCAGCUGGCGGCCAGUGCAGGCUUCAGGAGGCUGAUCACAGUGGCCCUCCACCGAGGCCAGCGGUACGAGGGCAUGGACAGCAUCCAGGCCGAGCUGUCAGCCAGAGUCAUGGAGUUGGCUCCCGCCGGGAUGCCCGCCCAGCAGCAGGUGCCCUUUCUGUCUGUGGGUGGGGACAUCGGGGUCCGGACCGUUCAGCACCAAGGCUGCAGUCCCUUGAGUGGCAGCUACGUGGUCGAGGAUGUGCAGGGGGAUGACAAACACUACUUCCGGCGGCUCAUCUUCCUCAGCAACAGGAAUGUGGUGCAGUCUGAAGCCAGGUUGCUGAAGGAUGUGUCUCACAGAGCCCAGAAGAAACGGAAGAAGGACAGGAAGAAGCAGCGGGCUGAUGACACUCCAGAGGACCUCCCUGCAGCCCCAGGGCGGCCCGUUGACAAGACUUACCUGUGCUGUGAGCACCACAAAGCAAUGAUCGCCGGCCUUGCCCUGCUCAGAAACCCGGAGCUGCUCCUAGAGACCCCACUGGCAUUGUUGGUAGUAGGCCUGGGUGGGGGCAGCCUCCCUCUUUUUGUCCACGAUCAUUUCCCGAAGUCCUGCAUUGAUGCUGUGGAGAUCGACCCCUGCAUGUUGGAAGUGGCCACCCAGUGGUUUGGCUUCUCCCAGAGCGAUCGGAUGAAGGUCCAUAUUGCAGACGGCCUGGACUAUAUUACCAGCCUGGCGGGAAGAGAAGCUCGGCCCCACUACAAUGUCGUCAUGUUUGAUGUUGACAGCAAGGACCCAACACUGGGAAUGAGUUGCCCACCACCAGCUUUUGUGGACCAGCCUUUCCUGCAAAAGGUCAAAAGCAUCUUGACUCCUGAAGGUGUCUUUAUCCUCAACCUUGUAUGCCGGGACUUGGGGCUGAAGGACUCAGUUCUGACGGGGCUCAAAGAGGUCUUCCCUCUCCUGUAUGUGCGGCGAAUUGAGGGUGAAGUAAAUGAGAUCCUGUUCUGCCAGCUGCACCCGGAGCAGAAACUUGCCACGCCAGAGGUCUUGGAAAUGGCCCAGGCCUUGGAGCAGACCCUGAGGAAGCCUGGGAGGGGCUGGGAUGACACGUAUGUACUGUCAGAUAUGCUCAAGACCGUGAAGAUUGUGUGACUGCUGGGCCGGGAAGUCUGCUCCGCUUCUUGCCACACUGACCUUGGGCUCCUAGCCUUCCAGAGAUUGAAGAAUUAUAACGCACAGUAUUUUUUAAGCCUCGCAUUUUUCUUGGUUUCAUACCUCCACCUUAGUGGGGUUGCCUGAAGAUCUGGGGAAAUAGAAAAUGUCCUUCCCAUCCUGUCCUCUUUAGUACCACUCGGGUUGAUUCCCUCUGCUUCUUCUCCUGUGUCCUUGAGUAGGAUUCCCUGCUGGAGCCCCCAGCAGAUGCUGAUGCCUUAAUGACUGUACACCGAGCUCAUUAGGAUGGAAGACGAUCAAAUUUGAUCGCUGGUUUGCUUUUGCUUUACCUUCCUAUUGGUUCUGUAGGAAUGAUCUCAAGUGAGAUAACAGCUUUCAAUGCCAAAAGACUAUAAAAAGAGUAGGAUUUCCAUAGAUGUGAGACAGAUUUGAGAAAACAUCUAAUCCACUCUGUCUUCCUCCAGAUGGAACUGCUGCGGACAUGAUUCCAAGUUGUAAAAACAUGCUAACCCACUCUACCAACUUUUCUCAGCUACCCAAGCCUUGUAGCCUAAGGUUUUUGUUCUUUUCUCAGUGGAAGGGAUGGAUGUAAGUGGCCCCGUAACUG